UUCUCUCUCCACACCAAAUAUGGACUUUACAAAAUUCAUGAAUAAAUUCAAUGAAAUCGAGCGACAAUUGUCGCCAACUUCCGCACUGCGGCUAAGUUUCGACAAUAUCUCACCGGAAACUGAGGAGCCAGAAAAUAAACGCCUCUGGGGUGUACCAGUACCACCGUUUGUCUCCGAUAAAGUCGUCUCAUGGAUUGAAGAGGAAUUUACGGAUCCACCGAUAUUUUAUAAUGAUGUUUUGGUAUUGAAAAAGGUUGAAAAUGUCCGUAUGAUUGAUCGUUACAAUACGAAAAAUCCCAUUGUCGGAACAUUGUAUUUAACAGCAACACAUUUGAUAUUUGUCGAACCGGACAGUAACAAGGAGACAUGGAUUCUUCACAUGCACAUUGCCAAUAUUGAAAAAUUACCCCUAACAACUACCGGAUCACCGCUGCUGAUACGCUGUAAAACCUUUUUAUCGGUGACAUUUGUGGUGCCCAAAGAUUCUGAAUGUCACGAUGUCUAUACAUCCCUAUUGAAACUCUAUCAACCUGUAUCCAUCAAUAAAUUAUAUUGUUUUAAUUAUCAACCCGCCAAAGAUGAUUUUCCCAAAAAUGCCGGUUGGGAUUUUUUCAAAUUGGAGGCGGAAUUCAAGCGAAUGCGUGUACCCAAUGACAUUUGGACAUUGUGUAAUUUGAACACGAACUAUGAGCUGUGUGACACAUAUCCGCGUCAAAUAUAUGUACCGGCUGAGGCUAAUACCGCCAUGUUAAUUGGCAGUUCACGUUUUCGUUCAAAGGGCCGUUUGCCAGCUUUAACCUAUUUACAUUCCAAUAAGGCUUCCAUUUGCCGUUGCAGUCAACCAUUGUCGGGUUUUAGUGCCCGCUGCUUGGAGGAUGAACAAAUGCUGGAGGCAAUACGUAAAACAAAUCCAAAUACCGAUUAUAUGUAUGUUGUGGAUACACGACCCAGGAUAAACGCUUUGGCAAAUCGUGCCGCCGGCAAAGGUUAUGAAAAUGAGGCAUUCUAUGAAAAUAUAAAAUUCCACUUUCUCGGUAUUGAGAAUAUUCACACACAAAGGACAAGUUUACAGAAAUUGAUUGAAGCCUGCGAACAGAAAGCACCAACAAUGAGCGGUUUCCUUAAUGCAUUGGAAUCAUCGGGUUGGCUAAAGCAUAUACGCUCCAUAUUGGAUACGUCAAGCUUCAUUUCAAAUGUCGUCGACAAAGGCGUCUCUGUUGUAGUCCACUGUUCAGAUGGUUGGGAUCGUACCGCACAAGUUUGUUCUUUGGCUGCAUUGAUGUUGGACCCCUAUUAUCGUACAAUAAAAGGUUUUCAGGCACUCAUCGAAAAGGACUGGUUGGCAUUCGGUCACAAAUUCAGUGAUCGCUGCGGUCACAUACAAAAUGAUCCACGUGAAGUUUCACCCAUAUUCACACAAUUCUUAGAUUGUACAUGGCAGCUGAUGUCACAGCGUAGUGAUGCUUUCGAAUUCAAUGAACGUUUCCUGCUAAUACUACACGAUCAUGUGCAUUCGUGUCAAUUCGGCACGUUUGUUGGUAAUUGUGAAAAGGAUCGUUUAGAUUUACAAUUGGCCAAGCGUACAUUUUCACUGUGGGGCUAUAUGUCUAAUCAUUUGAAUGAAUAUAUAAAUCCGCUGUAUAAACCCGAUGUCGAUGAGACAAUUAAACCCAAUUUGGCACCACAAUGUAUUAAAUUUUGGCGUGGCAUGUAUAGCCGUUUUGAAAGCGGCGUUCAUCCCCGUGAACCAUUGGGAGAUCUAUUGCUUGCCAGUAAGGAUCACACCACCUCGUUGGAGGAUCACGUACAACACUUGACUAAGCGUAUUACUAGCUUUAAGAACUACAUUUCCAAAUCAGCAAAGAAAAUCCAAGAUGCUACAUCCUCGAAAUCAACAACCAAAGAAUCUUCAGGAACGGAUACCAAUGAUAAUAAAUAUAAUUAUGAUAAGAAAAUGAGUGAACUAUCAUCGGCAGAUGAUGAUCAUCCCUUGAAACCUUCAGGUGGCAGUAAUGGUGGUGCUAAUACCAGUAGUGGUGGUGGUGGCAUAUCCUUUGCUAGUUUAUCGCUUUCCGAUGAAGUCGAUCCCAGUACCAUACAUGAGGAAAUCAAUUCGGUAGCUGUUGAUUGGAAAUCCAUGCGCAAUGUUACAGCCUGUUCAUGCUCAACGCCAUUCGAUCAAUUUAGUAAGAAGACUCACUGCUGGAAAUGUGGUGAAAUAUUCUGUGAACGGUGUAUCGAUAAAAAUAUUCCCCUACCCGGACAGGAUAGCGGUAAACCGGUGCCCGUUUGUCGUACGUGUUUUCGUCUGGUACAGAAGAUUAGCCCAUAAAUUUAUGAUGAAACACAAAUUGUUUAGUCAAACGGAAUUCCUGUAUCGCUUGUAUACCAAGCGUAAGUCUGCUGUGUUAAAUGUUUGGGAUAAUUAAAAAAGAAAGAAAGCAA